AUGGUCUCUCCUGUCUGGCUCCUCUCUUCUUCCGCUCUGCACCGAAAACUCCUCACUCUCACGCUCGAGCUCCUUCCCCCCGGCUGGCCGUGCUUCUUCUCCUCCCCACCGACGAAUCUCUAUUUGAAUCUCCCCUUUACUACUGAAGCUCGUGGCUAUCCCUUUCUCUCGAUUCGUCUUCACAGAGAAGCAUCGCAUUCACCCGCUUCGUCUCGCCCGCUCGAGACCCAAGCACCUGCUUUGUCUCCCCUCUUGCGAACUCCCCUCCGCACCGAAGCUUCGCCUCUCCCAUUCGGCUCUCCUCUCCUCUGCAUCGAGACCACCGCUCGACAGAGGCUUCCGCUCCAAACCCUCGCCUCCUCUGUACCGAAAACUUCGCCUCACUCUCGCUCACCCUCGUCGGCUUCCUGCUCGCUUGCGACGGAAUCUUCCUUGCUCUCGACAAAUUCUGCUCGCACAGAAAACCCCUCGCUUCUUCCUUGCGCGAUAGAAACUCUCGCUCGCCUGCUUCGCAUUCAAUCUGUCAACCGAACCCUCAGUGCAAUCCGAGUGGAGCUUGCUAGGAGGCAACGACGGGAUUGCAACCCUAUUGAUAGCUGCGAGGGUGCACUACUUGGCUUGUUUGGUGGCUCUCAAGGGGCUGAUUUUAGAACUGUAUCUUUAUAUAUGGACAAAUUUGCUGGGAUCUGUCAAUCUGCGCUACAUGACUGCAAACUGACUUUCUUACAGAUAAUAUGUGAUCAUGACCUAUUUGUGGAAAUGCCUGGAAAAGAUCCUUCUGAUAGAAAUUACCUUGCAUCGCUUUUAAUUCAAGAGGCUUUCCUCACAUUGGAUCAUGAAGACUUAUUAGAAAGAGCAAAAGCUGCUCGUAUUUUGGUAUUCCUCAUGUGCAAGCACGAGUUUGAUUUGCGCUAUCAGAAGUGUGAAGAUAGGUUGUACAUUGCUCAGCUUUACUUUCCUCUCAUUGGACAGAUUCUUGACGAGAUGCCUGUAUUCUAUAAUCUGAAUGUUGUAGAGAAACGUGAAGUCUUAAUUGUCUUUAUGCAAAUCAUACGGAAUCUAGAUGAUGCAUCCCUUGUUAAAGCAUGGCAGCAGGGCAUUGCAAGGACCAGGCUGUUUUUCAAACUCCUAGAAGAAUGUCUUACUCUUUUUGAUCAUCGGAGAGAAGGUGAUUGCUUGCUAGUUACCUCUAGCUCUCGCAGUCCGGAUUCUGAAGGGCCACUUAUACCCAAGUAUUCGGAUCUCCUUUCUCCAGCAAUCAAUACAUACCUUUCUGAGGCUUCUCGUCAAGAACUUAAACCUCAGGGAACACCUGAAAAUGGGUACAUGUGGCACCGAGUUAGUCCCCAGAUUAGCUCACCAAGUCAGCCAUACUCUUUGAGGGAAGCACUUGCACAGGCGCAGUCAUCUAGAAUUGGAGCUUCAACAAGAGCUCUAAGAGAGUCUUUGCAUCCCUUAUUAAGGCAAAAGUUGGAACUGUGGGAAGAGAAUUUAAGUGCUGCAGUGAGUCUUCUGGUUUUGGAGUUGGCAGAAAAGUUUUCAAACGCUGCAGCAUCUCAUGCUAUUGCAACAGAUUAUGCAAAGCUAGAUUGCAUUACAUCAAUAUUGACAAGCUUCUUUUCUCGGAGUCAACCCUUAUCCUUCUGGAAAGCUUUCUUUCCUGUGUUCAAUAAUGUAUUUAAUCUUCAUGGUGCGACGCUAAUGGCAAGGGAGAAUGACCGUUUUUUGAAGCAAGUGGCUUUCCAUCUUUUAAGGCUUUCUGUUUUCCGAAAUGAUUCUAUUAGGAGAAGAGCAGUAAUUGGACUUCAGAUACUUAUUAGGAAUUCUUUUUACCAUUUUGGGCAUACGACACGGCUGAGAGUAAUGCUUACAAUUACAUUAUCAGAGCUGAUGUCUGAAGUACAAGUAACUCGGAUGAGGUCUGAUGGAUCUCUGGAGGAGACUGGAGAAGCUCGAUUUUUAAGGAAAUCUUUGGAAGAAAUGGCAGAUGAAGGUAGAAGUGCAGAGCUUGUUAGAGGUUGUGGGCUUCCACCCAAUGCUCUUGAAGCAAUUCAUAAGGGUUCCGCAGAUAACCGUUGGACUUGGUUAGAAGUCAAAUAUUUAUCAGAUUGUCUUAUUUUGGCAUUGGAUGCUGGCAUAGAACAUGCACUUCUGGUAAUUCAUAAAACCUUACAUUCUGCUUGA